AUGGGGGACUUUGAUGGUGAGAAAAAAGAAUUGAUCAAGAAAUUGGUAAACUUUCGCAUGAUCGAUGGUAAAAGAACGAGAGUUCGUGCUAUUGUUUAUAAAACUUUCCACCGCCUAGCUCGAACUGAACGCGAUGUAAUAAAACUUAUGGUUGACGACGUAGAUAAUAUAAAGCCAAUAUGCGAAGUGGUCAAAGUAGGAGUCGCAGGUACUAUUUAUGAUGUUCCUGGGAUUGUAGCCAGGGAUCAUCAACAAACCUUAGCUAUUCGUUGGAUCCUUGGAGCAGCUUUCAAACAACGUAUAAGCUACAAGAUAAGCUUAGAGAAAUGUUCAUUUGCUGAGAUACUGGAUGCUUACCGAAAGAGGGGAAUUUCACGUAAGAGAAGGGAGAAUCUUCAUGGACUGGCUUCCACCAAUCGGUAA